AUGUAUCCCACUCGUAUCUUGAGGAUGCAGGCCUCUCGGCCUUUCUCCUUCCCUGCUCCUAAGGAGAACCACAGCGCCCACACCAUCUCCCAGCGCCUGCGCACCUUGAAGCGGGUCCCCCCCGAGUUGAUCCCUCUCGGUAUUGUCGCCGUGGGAGCUGCCAUCUACUCCAGCGCCCACAAGCUCAUGACCGACAAGACCCUGCGUCUCAGCCGCAACGCUCCCCAGAACCAUGAGGAGCACUAA